AUGCUGCUCCCACCGCGCCGCUUCUCUACAACACACAGUGCAAGAGUUUCUUUAUACAAGCCAGCAAUUAUCGCCCUCUGCCUUUUUGUAGCCUUGUCGCUACUGGGAUGGCACCUCUUCGCGCCCGCAGCGAGUGUUUCCUUACCUUCACCAGCCCUAUCAAAGGCGCUCCCGCGGUUUUGGUCUGCAACUGGUGGAGGUGAUCUUGAUGGAGUCACGAACUAUGAGAAGCCCCUGCACUUCCGGAUAGUCGCGUUGGUGUUCUACGGGCGGCCAGCAAGCGUGUCGAUAUUAGACUGCUACCUCAAGCGCAACCUCGCCUCAAACGGCGGCCUCCUCGACGAAGUCAUCUUCCUCGCGCGUACAGUCAACACGGAGCAUCUCCUCUGGCUCGACAAGCUCGUCGACACCUCGCCCUCCUACCGCCGGCACAAUCUCAGCUUCGCGGAAAGGGACUACCAGUCCGCCUACGAUGUUUGCGAAAACGGGACCAUGUACAUCAAGAUCGACGACGACAUCGUCUUCCUCGAAGACACCGCCAUCCCCACAAUCGUGCAAACGAAAGUCUUGCACCCAGAAUACUUCGUCGUCUCCGCCAACGUCAUGAACCAGCCCAGCCUAAGCUGGAUACACCACCACCUCGGUGUAGUAAAGCCAUACAUGCCCGAACUGGAGCCGCCACCGCUGGAGUCCGGCGCAAACGUGAGCAGGUGGCGCGCAUCGCACCUCCCCACCUGGACGGGGCCCUCGGAGUUUAAGAUCGGCAAAGAGUACAUGGCCCCCUUCAGAGGCCACAGAUGGCUGCCCAUGCCGGCCAACUCCUCCAUCGACGACACGCCCAUCUACACGACGACGUACGACGCGUUCUCGCCCGGCCUGUGGCACUGGACCAUCGCGGCGCAGGAGCACUACAGCUUCUUCGAGCACCUCGAGAAGAACGAGCUGUGGCGGUACAAGUUCCACGUCUGGGACUACAACUACAUGCGCAUGGGGAUCCAGUUUUUUGCCAUCUGGGGGGAUGAUGUCAUCAGGAGUAAGCCGAUGGAUCGCGAUGAUGAGUACUAUCUUACGGAGGCUGUGACGAAGAGGCUCAAGAGGCAUGCGGUCGUGGACGGUAGAGCGCUCGUUGCGCACUAUAGCUUUAAGCCGCAGAAGGACGGCAUUGCGGCCACGGAUGUGCUGGAUCGGUAUCGUGCGUAUGCGGUGGAGAAUAUCUGCCGCUGA